CUACCCGCUAAGGGGGUAUGGACACCCGAUAACGCAUCGCUGCUAAUAAGGCGUCACAGCACUAACGGGCGUGAUACCUUACUACCUUGGUCUUCUUCCCAUCACCCGGCUUUCCCGACCCCUUCAUCAUGUACGAUUAAGGCUGUGUGAAGCGCACAUGUGAGACACCGCGUCUAGGCAUUUUUGCGUGAACACGCGUUCCUUCCUUUUGUCACCGGCCUGACCGGCCGCCUACCGAAGUAGAUUCCGGUUCUAGAGGUCCCACCUGCUGGAAUCACGCCGCAGCCGUCCGCAUCGAACCCCGAUCCCGAUCGACUCCCCUGGCAUCUCCUGCGAUCAUGGACGAGACGGCUGUUCCGGAGGCUGUGGCAGCAGCACUCCCUCGUGCACUGGAUAAUACGAGCGCCUGGCACAACUUCACAAUGUGGACGGCACAACACUUUGCGCUUGCAAUGAACAUGACAAAGCUGGCGCCGUCGCUGGAGGAUCUCGUCUGGGCAGGCCCGCGCAUGGUCAUGAAACUAGGCAGGCUGGGCUCCUUCAUCUCGUUUCCAGACGCCAUUGACGGCUUUGGCCAAAGAGCCGUACCUAAUUCGACCAACGUCGACAUCUUCUCCUCUUCCUCCUUCUCCUCCUCCCUCUCCUCAGACACGGGAAUGGUUGCCGACCUCAUCGAAACCCUCGCGCAGUCCACAAACACUGCAUUUCCCACAUCUACGAUGGAUUCCGCCUCCGGCGCCGCCGCCGCCGCCGCCGCCGCUGCCGAUGAUGUUACCCAAAAUCCCAACGCUUUCGUCUCGCGAUUUUCUAUGGAAGGUGCAAGGGGACUUGGAGGUGUCUUCAGCUACGCCACCAGCAAGUGGGCGCUCUGCUGUAUCGCAAUGGCCGUCAUAUUCAACCGCACGCACAUCUUUGCAGCCACCCGUCGCAGACUUCGACUCCGAUGGCACGUCCGACUGCUGCUACGGGCCGCUCCCGUGAUACUUCUGCUCCUCCAGGCCAGGUGGCUCCUGCAGUCGAUACAGUGCCAAACCUCCGCCGACUUCUCCGAGCUGCGCUGGGGAAAUGCGUCCAAGAGCUCCGACCUGAUGUUUGCGCAGCCGAAUCCUUUCCUCAACCGGCUCAGCUCAUCCCUGCUGUUCGGUGCGUCCGACGAGGAGUCGUGCCGCGCCAUCAAAAUGGUGCCCUGGGACGACAGGGAGCAGCCAGAGCUGGUGGGGUCUCUUUCCAGGCUUUGGCCGCUCUUUGGGACCUACUGCUUGAGCCACUUUGUAGAGGUGCUAUCUUGCGCAGUGCAAGGUCGCCCCGUGGCUGCCGAGACGGGCAUGACACUCUUUGAGCAUUCCCUGGCCUUCGCGGAGGCAGAUGCGGCCAUUAGCAAUCAGCUGGGAUGGGGUCUUUUCACCAACGGCACUGCCGCCUCGCAGGCUGCGCUCGGGUCUAAGAUCGCCCUCACUCGGUCCAUGAUAUUGAAGCGCGUUAACACCCCGCCCGAGGUGCUGCUGGUGGCCUUCUUGUCCGCCAUGAGCCAUGUCACGAGCCACAUAUUGGGCAUCUUCAACUUGCAGUCCAAGUUUCGCCUCGUUAGCACCGGCUUCUGGGGCCUCUGCUUUAUGUCGAGCCUCCUCUGGAGCGCCCUGAAUUUCUCGGUCGAUGACCCUUCGACCCAGGGGUUGCUGCGCUUCCCGACUGUCUGCAUCAUCGGUUUCAUCCCGCACAUACUGAUCCUGUUUGGGAUUUACGCCUGCGGACUGGUCUAUGCCUCGGCCCUGGCGCUUUCGGCCAUUUCCCCACCGGAAGGUGCCCCCGAUGGGGAACAGCGCUCUCUCCGGCAGCGUCUUCGGCAGGCCCAUGCCAACAUGCAAGCAAAUGUGUCUCUUUCCGAGAUCCGCAUCCGUAUGGACAUGGACUUCUAUACGGCCCUGCUGCGCGCUGGCUUCGGUGCCAUUACGAUGGCGAGCGAGGCCGUCUAUUUCAAUGAGGACCACCAGGUGAACCUGAAGAAAUAUACAUGGUUAGAAGAAGAAAGGUUCCGUGAGUUAGAGGAGCUUCGAAUGCAGUGGAUCGGCGGCGGCAUUCCGGGAUCGCGAUUUGACUCGGUUGGAACCAUUGGUCUCGUUCCCGUCAAGAACGGGCAGGCGAAUGCUACGAGCGGCUACGCGAGAGAGAAGGCAGCUCAGCAAAUCCCCAAAAGCAACGCUUCCAGCAGGAGGGUGCGCGACGGCGUCGGCGCCGCAGAGCGGAGCUCGAGGUGGCUCAUAGCGUUCGAGUACGUGCUGCAUAUCUCCAAGCUGAUGAUUGUCGUGUGGGCCUUGAUGACCAUCAAGACCAUGUCGCUGUUCGGGUUGCGCACGCCCCCUCGAUGGCUCCGGGGCCUGUCGCAGCGACCCAAGUCCGGAUCAUCAUCCAAAAAGUCUGGGAGUCGCGGCCGUACGAGGAGCGCCGAUGUGCUGUCUCUUGCCGAUGGCCGCGUCUCCUUCGCGGUCACUCGGAACGAUGAAGUGGAUGUGGAGGCAGAACUACGCCGCCGAAUGGAGGAGAAUUAUGCACAAGCAGAAGCUGGCGAGAGAAAGCCCGACGAAGCCGAGUUUGACUCGGAGCUGUACAAUCACUUCCUCAGGGGCGGCUGGUGGGGGAACAGCGACUCCAGCGGCGACUACGUUCCUCCCUCCCAACAUUCGGGAAGCGGCGCCGACGAGACUGAUGUGGAUGACACCACGAGCAUCAUCUCCACCACCGAAACCACGAGCGAGCUGGAUUGGGAAUCCGACCACGACGGCGACGCUCUCAGCGAUGGACAGCGAACCCCGACCCAGCAAAACCCGGCCCCUAUUUCUUCCUUCGCCUCAGCGGUAGCAUCGGCCCGCGCCUCCCGCGAAUCCACCCCGCUCUUCGAUACCCCCAUAGCAGCGCAGGACCUGGCCCGCCUGCUGCACCCCCGGACCCCCGAGGACCGCGACGAAGCGCGCGCCCUGGCCGCGCACCUCAGCAGCGACGGCAUCAUGACGCGCUCGCGCUACAAGCAGCAACUCCAGCGCCAGCGCACCCAGGUGCUCCUCACCAGCAGCCAGGUCCCCUCCUCCGCCGCCCCGGAGAAGAUGACGCCCGAGGAGGAAGCCCGCGUGCUCGAACAGCUGCUCCUGUCCCGCCGCGCCGGCAAGUCCGGGCGGUCCGCCGGCGCGUCCGGGUCCCAGUCGGGCGAGGGAGGAGCAGCGGGCCAAGCGAGCUCGACCUGGGCGACGGGCGCCGCGGGCCUGGGCCCUGACGGGCCGCAGUGCGUCGUCUGCCAGAGCGCCCCGCGCACCAUCAUCGUCUGGCCGUGCCGCUGCCUGAGCCUCUGCGACGAAUGCCGGGUGUCGCUGGCCAUGAACAAUUUCGACAAGUGUGUGUGUUGUCGCCGGGAGGUGAUCAGCUUUAGUCGGAUCUAUGUACCCUAAUGAUCUAUAAUCUUUUUCUAAUUCUUUGCUCAAAUGUACGUUUCGGUCUGUCCUAUCUGAGCAGUCAUUCGCAUGGUUGACAGGACGCUAUUUGCGUUGGUAUAUAUCUCUGUGCUGUGGUUUUUUUUUUUCCGACUUGGUAAGCGGUUCGGUUGCAUGAGCGAUGUGAUGGACGGGCAGCAGCGACAACGACUUGAUCUACGAUUUUCUGGGAGGCAUGUAUCCUUACGUCCAGGGCGUGAAAGGCAGCAGUAUACAAGGCGGCAUGCGGCAGAAACCCGUAGACUCCAGCUUCAACAUUAACACCAUCAGUGAUAAGUUAAGGCGACCCCUCACGAUAAUGGAACCGUCCAAUGGAGCUCUUGAG